UCGGCGGUUUUUCCCCAUAUAAAAAUGGUGCGUUUCUCCAGGUGAGGAACUUGUUUGUUGUGUGUAUUCCGCGGAGAUAAGGUGCAAAAUCAAGUGUGUUGUGUUUCUGCGGUGAAGAGUUGGAGCAUUGCCGUUGCCGCGAUGAUCCGUUUGGCGAAAUCAUGGGUUUUGCUGGCCAUGCUUCUGGCAGCACUGAAGCAGGCGUACACCGUGGAUUACUGCGAUGAAACCAUUUGCCCCGCAAGCAAGCCGAACAUCGGCUGCCAAAACGACGGCAAACUGAGCAAGCAGUGCCCACCGGGUGCGAAAGUGAUCGAGAUGACCGACGAGCUGAAGAAUUUGAUUCUAGAUACGCACAACAAGUACCGUAGUACACUGGCAACCGGUGGAGUCGGCUGGCUGCCAAAGGCUUCCGCUAUGCCUACUUUGACUUGGGAUGCGGAUCUUGCCGAAACUGCCCAGAUGAACUCGAACCGGUGUGUUCGGGGACAUGAUGCCUGCCAUAAUACUGACAAGUACCUGAACUCCGGUCAGAACAUAAACUAUUUUGCCACAAGUGUCGAUACCAUCGACGUUAAGGAGCAGGUUCCCAACUUAAUUACCAGCUGGUGGGACGAAAGACACGAUGUUCACAAGAAAAUGGUUAAGACCAUGUAUGAUCCUGGCAAGAGCAUAAUGGUGUUCCACUUUGCCGUUCUGGCCAGCGAUAAGGUCAACAAGAUCGGCUGCGGUAUCACCCAGUGGAAGCCCCCGGGCGGUUGGAUGCAGAUCUAUCUGGUGUGCAACUAUUCGUUCAACGAUUUCAUUGGUAUUCCGAUUUACGAGACCGGUGAACCGUGCUCUAAAUGCCAGAAGGGAUGCAACCCCAAGUACGCCGGUUUGUGUAACGAGGAUGAACCGGUUCCCCAGUUGAUCGAUUAUCCGGCCGGAAGUUAGAUCGAAAGUUAGUGCAACGUGAACAAAACAGCAUGUUAGUGAGUUAAGUAAAUUUUCGAAUCAAAAAUGAAGCCCGGUGACAAUGAAUAACAAUAAAAAAGCGGUGUUGGGGA